AAAUGAUUACGAGAUGAAGCGUGAGGCAAAUAGUUUAAUUAUUUGUUUUCUUUUGCAAAUAUUUUAGAACUUGACAGCACAAAGAAGUCGGCCAUUUUAUUGCUGGCUGAAGAACGGAGGGAGAAGUGAUUGCUUCUCAAGCGAAGCUGUAAAUUAAUUUUUGAAUCGUUUUAUUUUAUGAUAAUAGCGUUCAAAUCAGGUACAAACAAGUAUACGUAUUUAGUGUAAGUUUUUAGUGAAUUUAUGUAUUGCGUGUUGGAAGAUGGACGAUCCGAAUAGAAUGAUGGCGCAUAGCGGUGGUCUCAUGGGACCUCAAGGCUACGGGCUGCCCGGCGGCGACGGUGCGCCUGCCGCGGGCGACGGCGAGGCGAGGAAGCAGGAUAUUGGCGAGAUCCUGCAGCAAAUCAUGAACAUAACCGACCAGAGCCUCGACGAGGCGCAAGCCAGGAAACACACGCUCAACUGUCACAGGAUGAAGCCUGCGCUAUUUUCUGUGUUGUGCGAAAUCAAAGAAAAAACAGUCUUAUCUCUCCGCAACACGCAAGAGGAAGAGCCUCCAGACCCUCAGCUGAUGAGGUUGGACAACAUGCUGAUUGCGGAGGGUGUAGCAGGCCCUGAGAAAGGUGGUGGAGCCGGGGCGGCCGCCUCUGCUUCAGCCGCUGCAGGCGAAUGGGGCACUGUGGCCCAAGCAGAUAACGCGAUCGAGCAUUCCGACUACCGCGCGAAGCUGGCCCAGAUCCGACAGAUCUACCACCAGGAGCUGGACAAGUACGAGAACGCGUGCAACGAGUUCACCACGCACGUCAUGAACCUGCUCCGGGAGCAGAGUCGCACCAGACCCAUCACUCCCAAGGAAAUAGAGCGCAUGGUGCAGAUCAUCCACAAGAAGUUCAGUUCUAUCCAGAUGCAGCUGAAACAGUCCACGUGUGAAGCGGUCAUGAUCCUACGUUCACGUUUCCUGGACGCGCGCCGAAAGCGCCGCAACUUCAGCAAGCAGGCCUCAGAGAUCCUCAAUGAGUACUUCUACUCGCACCUGUCCAACCCUUACCCCAGCGAGGAGGCUAAGGAGGAGCUGGCGCGCAAGUGCGGCAUCACGGUCUCGCAGGUGUCCAAUUGGUUCGGCAACAAGCGCAUUCGCUACAAGAAGAACAUUGGCAAAGCGCAAGAAGAGGCCAAUCUCUACGCCGCGAAGAAAGCAGCCGACCUGUCGUGGGCGGGCGCGGGCAGGCGCGAGGCUCGCUCUCCGGCCGGCCACGCCGCAUACAACACAGCGGGCGCCUCCCCCUACUCCAUGGGCGCGGCGUCCGGCACGGCGACGCCCAUGAUGUCCCCCGCGCCCACGCAGGACUCCAUGGGCUACUCGCUCCCGGCGCCGGGCUACGACCAGCCCCAGCCGCCCUACGACGCGGCCAUGGGCUACGACCCCAUGCACCAGGACCUGUCGCCCUAGGCGCGCCAGGGGCCACAAUCGCGCAGCUUCCACAAAAUUGCCAUUACUAUAAGUUGCGACACGCGGCGUAGGCGAGCGCCCCCUAGCUGUAGGACCUUGUAUACUAUACCACUGCGUCUACACUAAACUCUAGUUAAAUGUUAUUUUAUACGCGAUUUCUAUUGAAAUUCAUCGAUUUAUUUUUGUGUAUUAUUAUUUUUACUCUAUACAAUUUACAUAGGUUUUACCGGAGUAUUUAUUGUAAUUAUUUUUAUAUAAUGUACAGUGAUAUCCUAGAAUUUACAUGAAAUAAAUCGCCAGAGAGUAGACAUCGCAUUCUAGUCUACAAAAAAAAUUGACAUAUAAAGAAAGCAUUUCGACUUUAACUUUUAAAAAACAAAACUUUACGCAAUUCAUUAAAAAUACGCACACAUACAUUUUUGUACAUGAUUUUCUGUUGUUAAAUGAAUGCAGGCGACUAUGUUAGUCCGCGCAUGUCAAGUAGGUCAAGAACAUGCGCGGAAUUUAUGCAAACCAAACCAAUGUAAAUAAGGAUAUGACUGUUCAUAAUUAUUAAUUAUUAUGUAUUUUGCUAAUUUUACGCCAGUUCUCGAAAAGUAUUAUUUUGGCCCAGUGAUUGUUUCUAAAGUCAAGUAUUCGGCAGUAUUACCGCAGCAAGUGACAAGAUCUCUUUUUGUAAACGUUCACUAAAUAUACCCGGGCCAUGAUACCAUUUUCUAUUUGACGUUUAGAAAAGUUUCUAUUUGAAUUAAAUUUAAUCAAGUAGUUUCGAAACGUUAAGUAAAUCUUUCGACGUAGAUAAGCUUAGUAACCUCACCCAAUACAAGUCUGGGUAUUUCAUAUAAUAUAGCAGGUAGUUGCAAUUUGCUUUAAAUAAAGCUAUCAAUACGAUGCAACUGAAUAAUGCCUUACUAACAUUAAUGAUCGGUUCAAUGUUAAAAUUAAUCUUUCAAUUCGCGGUCAUGAGGACCUCAAACGAGGGAAUGCAUGAGUGAAGGACACACCUUUCACGUAACUCUUACAAUGACACAUCUAAUACUUUUUGACCAAAUGAAUAUCAAAUAGAAAAUAGUAAAGUGGCUGAAGUAUAAAUAAUUUUAAAUAAAUAACUAAUCCUUACCAUACGGUGAAUAUAAAUAUACGAUAGUAUGUAAGUGAAUGUAGUGUAAUGUUUAUAUUGUAAGCGUUAAGAUAUGUUUUUAUGCUGACUAGAUCGAUGUGGACGAGCCCUUGUGGCGGUGCCGACUGACGAUAACGUCUAACUAUACCCUGUUCAUUGAGACGAGCCAACAGGUAGGUUCCUAUUUACCUUCUUUUUUUUGAGAUAUCUGUAUGUUUUUCUUUUACUUUGUGUUGUAAUAAUAAAUUCUGAAUAGUGAAUAGAGAGAUGGUAUUGUCAGUCGACAGUAUACUUGGGCUGCCGAAAUAAAGUGUGCAAUUUUAAUAUUUUAAUAGACGAGGUUUAUAAAGGUCGGCGCACACUGAGUAUUUCUCUUUUUCACUUAACUCCUAUUUACUACGAUACAAGUAAGCGAUUUUAUCCUUUUAACAUAAGUUUAAACGUCUUCAUUUGAUCGUUUUCAAUUAAAUUCUUCGGUGUUGUGAAUAUCGGUAUGGCAACUGUGAGUUAUUCAAACGUUUACUAGGAUUUGAGUGAAAUAUUUGUUUGACAAAAUUGUAGGUCUCCAUAUGAACGUUAAGAAUGCUAUUACAAUUACUUGUACUUUGUUGUACAAAUGUUUCACGCAGUUGUUAGCGAGUAAACGUUAUGCAGAACUCAGGUUCAAGGCAUAUUGUUGCAGAGUCGACCGCUCAUUGACGCGAUUUUUAAACGUAAAGUGAACGCCAACAUUAUAUUAGCUCUGUACCUAAUACAAAGUUUGUGUGGGAUAAAUGUGCGCGUUGGAGUUAAAGUUCAGUAUACGUCAAGGUAUACGUUUGAAUAAUAUAUUAUAAAAAUGAGAAAGCCGGUCAUGUACGAGUUGGACUUGUACACGACGAUCGUACAAGAUAUAAAACUGAAUUUUUUAAUUUGCGUGGCGGCCAUUUUCACACUGAAAAUUUCAACUAUCUAGGCACCUAUUCAUGGGAUACGGCCCGCUGACAGACGGACGAACAGCAGAGGCUUAGUAAUACGGUCCCAUUGACACCUUUCCGGUAUGGAACCCUAAAAAGAUGCGUCGGUUCAAUUUGGCUGUGCGUUAAUGUGUCUUGAGCCUUAUACUAGCAGUACUAAACCAUAAUAUAUUAUAUUUUCGGUGCUAAAUUGUUGCUGGCACAGAAUAUUAUUUUUUCAUGUAGUGUAUAGGUUAAAUGUUAAUGAUUUUAUUUUAUUUGUCGUUCUGAUUCAAUGAAAAUAGAUUGUCUAUUGCCCAAUAGACUGAGAGACGUUGGACUAUUUAUUCAGUGUUUUUUGUAAUACACACAUUAUUUAUUGUAAUACAUACAUACUAAUGUUAUUAAUAUAUCGACUGGUAUCAGAGCACCUCUGCGAAGGUGGCCUGGACCACCCAGGCGUUCAAAGUCGCAAGCAGAAGCCCAUUGAAAAAUGACCUCGGACGGGUUUGAAACUAGUCAGGCAUACUCCGGCUAAGACGUGAGUCCAACCGACAGACAUUAAUAUUUAUGAUGAUAUUAAGCUCUUGAACAAAUUGGUCACCGUCUCUUAGACUAUAUUAAGCAGCCUAACGAGAUGGAUAGUUCCACUGUACACAUAGAAAUAAUUUGGAUAUAAAUAAAAAAUUAAUAGAAUUAAGUUGAUGUGUUCUAAAGUCAAGAUAUCUGAAACAGUAUACGAAGAAAACGUUAAAGAGAAAAAUAUAAUAAUUGGAGUUAAACUACAGCGAUCAUUAUAGAACGCGCCGCUGCCUAUGUCCUUUACAAUACAGGGUGUUUUAUUUGUUUGAGACAGUGUAACUUAGACUUUAAACUUGUCAUGAGCAGAACGCAUACGUUGUAUUUUUCUUCAUGAAAAUUACCUUAAUAUUUCUUAAGUACCCACUAUUAUAUUAUACUAAAAAAUAUUUUUCUAGUUUAAGUAGGGAUUCUUUUUCUUCCUGGUAUUUUAACCCGGGAUUACGCCAGGGUCGUCGUAAAAAAGAUUCCAUUUAAUCCAAAACCGUUUUUCUUUAUCUAAUUUAAGAGGUUUAAGAUUUCCAAGCAAACAAAACACCCUGUUUACUAACGCAUACUAUUUAUACGAUUUUAAUAAUAGAUUUUAAUGAGAUUCGAUUAAUGUAGUGAUACGAGUAAACCAGCGGCGUGGCACAUGUAUACGACAAGUUCAAUGUUAUUGCGACCAUCAGAUUGAAUAAAUUACAUUUUUGUGUAGUUA